AUGAUAGAGAAAGUUGUUAGAGAAAUCAAAAGAACAGUGCAACCUUAUCGGGGUGCUGAAGAAAAGGUGGUGGCAACAAGGACAUUUAUGCUGAGAGUAGCUAAAAGAGAAGGUUGGAGUGUGGUGGCAGAAAUUAGAGAUUCAUCAGAUAAUGAUCCAAUGGAUGCAUAUUUUCAAGAUAAGUUAGCAAGUGCUAAGUUGUUAGCAAAGAAUAAGCAAACGAAGAUAAAAGAAAGUUCUAGUCCUUCAGGUUUAUUGUAUACUAGCAUACCGGUUGGGUUUGGGGUAUAG